AUGAUAAAGGAAAAUGAUAGAUAUGGAGAAGAUAGUAGCUAUCUUUAAAACUAAACAGAUUCAACUGAAUACGAAAAAGUGAUAAUUGAGUUAUAGAAUUAAAUUGAAACAAUUAAUGAGAAGUUGUUAGAAAAUAGUUUUGCAAAUUUAGAACUAAAAUAAGCAAUUAAAAAGCUUGAAAUAUUGGAAUAAGAAAAGGAAGGGAAAAUUAAAUAAUUAAAUGCUAAAAUGUAGAAUAAUUUUGUACUAUAUAGAGAAUUAAUUAAUAAAGCACAAAAAGAUAAAAGAAAUAGACAUUUGAAAGAAAUUUAUAGUCUUAAAAAGUCAACAUAUCAAAUACUUUAAAAAUAUGUUGGCCAUCAAAUUUAUGAUGAAAAUGAUGAAAAUUUUUAUGACUAUGAGUCUAAUGUUGAGAAUAUUAUAGAAGAGAUUAUUCUAUCUUAAAAAUGCUAAAUUGAUUAAUUAAGAAAACCAAUCGAAUAAAUUUUAUAACAACAAAAUAUUCUGAUAUAAAUCGGUGAUUAUAAUACUUUUGAUUAAUAUUUUAAGGAUGUUAUUAUCUAAAUUAAAAAUAAAUUUGAAAAUAUCUCAGAGUAAAAAUUUAUUCUAAUUUAGUAAUAAUAAAUCUAACAAUAAUCAAACUAGCAUGUAUGAAGAAUUGAAACGCCUAAGAUUAGCACUAAAUUUAUUUAUUAAUGAUUCUGUUGUGAUGAUAAACAAUUAAUUAAAUCAAAAACGUUCAUUUUGUAAAGUACAAAAAUCAAUAAGUAUAUUUUGUAGAAUAUUGAGGAUAAUAAAAAUUAUAUUACAGAAAUUUAAAUGCUACUGAAUAGUAUCACCAAAAACUAGGAACAGUUUGAGAUAAAUUUGUAAUAGUUAUCUCAAGUAUUUAAAAAAAUUAUCUAAUUGGUUGUUUGA